AUGUCUUCGUACCUAGCCUCCCUUGCCUCAUCAACCACGAUCUCCAACCUCGGCACCCGCCUCAACAGUCUCCGCCGUGCAAUCACCUCAGGCGACGAAAAAGACGACCCGGACAACGAAGACAGCUCACACAUCUCCAACGUUCUUCGCGCCUACUACACCGAAAAGGGUCGUCCAUUCCCUGAAUGGCUUCCCCCAGACCCAAAGGCUCCUGUUCCCCAGCCACGAUUAGUCGCUACACAGGCAUCGUUUCAACAGGGGAAUGCGAGCGCGUACAGUCAACCGCAGGCACAAUAUACAGGUCGCGGAGGCGGACUGGGUGAUUUAUGGGGUGAAUCGGGACCUGCGCAACCUCUACAGUCACAAACAACCAGUUUGCGGAGCCGAGGCGGUUCGAGGACGCCAGUUGCCGCGAUAGGAAAUAAUAAUAAUAAUUCAUUACGAUCAGAGCAUCAUCACUCGCAAACCCCGUCGCCGAAUUCGGUUUCGCGACGGCCGCUACCUAGUCAACGUGGGGAAUCGUACCAGUCUUCGCGUUCAAGCUCAGGGUUGUCGGAUAGAGGGGCAUCAUCGGGUGGUUCUGCGUCGGAGAGGUUAAGGGCGAGACUUCAAGGUGGGUUGGGGAGUAGUCAGCAGAAUCUGCCGCCUGAGCGACCACAGCCACAGCAAUAUCGGUCAUAUAGCUCUGAUGGAGGACAGGGACAGGGACAGGGACAGGGACAGGGACAGGGACAGGGACAGGGACAGGGAGGGUAUGGACCGAGUGGAGGGAGCGGAGGGUAUAAGCGCCCUGGUGGUUUACCGAGUGGUCCUAGGCCUGGGGGUUAUAGGUAA